ACAUACACACACAAACACACAUACACACACAUACACAAACACACAUACACACACAUACACACACAAACACACAUACACACACAUACACAAACACACAUACACAAACACACACACGCAUGUUUAAUAUCUGGACAUUAGAUGAUUUAAUAUGUUCUACAUUUCUGUGAAAUUUACACAUGAAAUAAAUGAAAUAAAUUUAAAGUAAUAGAAGUUCUUUAUGAUGCUAAUGCAGCUAACAGAUAAAUGCAAAUAGUCUUACACACACACACACACACACACACACACACACACACACAUCGCCUGAACACAGUUCAGCAGGGAACACACUGCUGGCUAAUUACUACAUUGUGUGUGUGUGUGCGUGAGCGUGCUUGCGUGAGCGUGCGUGCGUGCGUGUGUGUGUGUGUGUGUGUGUGUAUAGACAGGGUGUUAGAUUAGGGUGUGUGUUGAAGGUCCAGCUCCUCCUCUCUGACUAUAAGACACACACACACUCAAACACGUCUUUCAGUGGGAGACGAAACCCAGCGUAUGCAGCCGUCAUGACACACACUCGACAUGGAGUCACACCUGUGCUACAGGUGCUGUGUUGGAGGAGUGUGUGCAUGUUGUUCACACUGCUGGUGUGUGUGCUGCUGCCUGGUCUCUCUCUCUCAGCUAAACCUCGGUGUGGAGUGGAGCUCAUCGCUGAUCUACAGUUUGUGUGUGGAGAUCGAGGAUUUUACAGAGGUCACCCUGGAGCAGUGAGGAGUGCAGGUCCACGGCGCAGGACUAAAGGGAUCGUGGAGCAGUGUUGUGUGCGAGGAUGCGACCUGCAGUACCUGGAACAUUACUGCGCCAAACCCAAGCGGGAGCGACGACACACACCACACACAGCACACACACCACACACAGCGCUCUCGCCACACACCGAGGAUUCGUCCUGGAUGAUGUUCCUCAGAGGACACCAGAUGAACCAGAUUAAAAACACACCAGAGAAAUUCCUGGACAAGCUGCAGGAGCGAGCGCCGUACCGGAGAAGGCUGGCACUCGUCUCGCCGCGGCCUGUGAGGAAAAAACAUCGACUCGGCGCUUUAAAGCAGCAGCAGAAAUGACGCGGACGCAAACGUUCUGAGAGAACACGGUCACAUCACGUCACUUUAGCAUGAAUUAGAAACGAAUAUUAAUGAAGUUCAUUUACGGAUAUUAAUCGCUAAUCGUGCUAAUGCUAAUAUUUAUGCUACGUGGCCUUUAUUUUGUGUUUAAUCACGUACAGUAGCGAGUGGCACAGUUUUUUUUUUUCUCUUCAAACGAAUGUUAAUAGUGAAAAUGUUAAUGUGCUAACGCUAAUCGAUGAAACCAAGUUUGGACUCUAUAAGUUUUUAUAUCGUGUUUGAAACCGCGCUCCGGAAAGUGAGCGCACGGGCACGAGUGUGGGAUCCGCGGAACAAUGAGAAACUCACGCAAACAAAUAUUACGGCGAUAUUCUGCGAUCGCGCACGUCAUCAGCUGCAUUGCGCUAGCAUAAAAGAAAAAAAAAUCUAGCAUUGACCAAACUAGCUGAAUGUAAACCCGAUGGUAAAUGUGUCAUAAACCUGGAGUGAACGUGCCUUAAACGCCGCUCUGUGAGGACGGAGGGAAUAUGAACUGACGUGACAUACGGCUAAGUACGGUGACCCAGACUCAGAAUUCGUUCUCUGUGUUUAACCCAUCCAAAGUGCACACACACACACACACCCCGUGAACACACACACACACCCACCUCGUGAACACA